AUGGCCAGCAGCAAUAUGUUCAGGUCGGAGCGGCUCAUCUACAGAGCCAUCGAGGACAACGACGAGGACUUGAAUUUCUUGCACUCGAUCGCGCUCGACGCGGAGGGCUUCGCCAACUCGAACACCCUGGCGCUGGCGCCGCCGAACAAGGAGGCAACCAAGAAGUGGAAAAAGUACCUUGGUACAUGCAUCCUCGCCGUCAUCAUAUGCCUGCCAGCCGGCGAGACCAAGGACGAGACGUCGGCGCGGCCCACCGAGCAAGCCGGGCCCACCCCGAUCGGGCAGAUCAGCCUGUGCGGGUCGUCGGACAUGAGCACGGCGCAGCACCGCAACGCACACAUCGGCAUCGACAUCCUGCCCCCCUACCAGCGCCGGGGCUACGGUGGCGAGGCGAUCAACUGGGCGGUCGAGUGGGGGUUCCAGGCCUACGGCCUGCACCGCAUCAGCAUCGAGAGCUUCUCGCACAACGAAGGGGCCGGGCAGCUGUACGAGAGGCUCGGCUUCGUGCCGGAGCAGCGCAAGCGUGAGGCGGUUUGGUUUCGGGGAGGCUGGAGCGACCUCCUGGGGUUCGCGAUCCUGGAGGACGAAAAGUAUGUACAGAAUGGGCCAAAUGUGUAA